AUGGCUAGUUGCUUUUUGCCUGAAGAUUUGGUGAUUGAAAUUUUAACAAGAUUGCCUGUGAAAUCUUUGAUGCGUUUCAAGUGCAUUUGCAAAACAUGGAAUGCUUUCACCAGAAACCUUAGUUUUAUCGACAUGCAUCUCAAUCGGAAUACUUCGAAUGAUCUCAAUCAUCAUCACUUGAUCAAGCAUUUUGAUAUGAAAGUCAACCGGUUUAACUUAUUUCCCAAUGAAUCUCUUGGUGUGCGACCCCAGAAUGUAAUUCUAAGUCUUCAACUGCACGGUGCUGCAUUUAAAGUGCUAGGACCUUGUAAUGGUAUACUAUGUCUGCAUGGGAGUAGCGUUUCUAAGAAGAAAUACUUUCAUAUUAUUCUUUGGAACCCAGCAACAAGAGAGUACAGAGUUCUCCCGACAUCAAACUUUGGAUUCCCGCCCUAUAAGUUGGCCCGAGAAUGCUAUAUAGGGUAUGGUUUUGAUCACAAAACUAAGGAUUACAAGGUGGUUCAACUUCUAGGAUUCAGAAGGCGCAAUGAGAGGAAAAAGGACGAGGUCCGAGCAAAGGUAUACUCCUUUAAUGCGGAUUCUUGGAGGCCUACACAUGUUAAGUUGCCAUAUUUCACAACCAGAUAUCCUGGAUGCACAUUAUAUGUGAAUGGGGAGAUUCACUGGUCUGGCUUUUGCGAGGGUGAUCCAAUCAUUAUUUCCUUUGACAUAGGAAGUGAGGAGUGUCGUGUUACACCAAUGCCAGUUUAUUCUGAAAGAGAGGAUAAUCCUCUUUCAAAAUAUUAUAAAAGAGAAGAGCAUACUCUUUCGAUGUUGGAUGGAUCACUUGCUGUGAUUUUUUAUUUCUUUGGGAUGGUGGGUAAAUUGUUUGAAGUUUGGACGAUGGAGAAGAUUGGGGCGGGCCAACAACCUUGGACUCGCAAAUUCGUUAUUGAUCUAUGUCCAUAUCCUUAUCGUCCGUUGGGGUUUUGGAACGACAACCAGCUGCUUCUAUACAAACUUCGACGUCCCGGAGGAGAUUUGAUUUUGUACGACACCUGUACUAAAAGAUUAAAAGACCUUCAGCUUCAUGUGUUUCCUUUUGGAUUCCAAGUUUUACCCUACAAGGAGAGCCUAGUUUCAGUUAAGAAGGAUUCUUACCAGGUGGAGAAUUGA